AUGACGAUCAAAUCGGUAGCCAUCAUCGGAGCCGGUGCAGCAGGUGCUGCAACAGCAUCGGCAUUUGCUGCUGAACAAUAUUUCGAGAGAAUUCGCAUCUUUGAGCGCAAGGGGAGUGCUGGAGGGACAUGGAUAUACGAUCCCGAUCCAAGUCCGGUAGCAAGACCUCAACCAGGCAAACUACCGCCUGACAUUGACCGUCCGUUGAGAAUUCCAGAGGACUUGCCGCGUACUACGGAGCCUUCCUCGCAAGAGCGAUGGGAUAAGACUCCUAUAUAUGAUGAAUUAACAACAAAUGUCCCCGCCAUAGCAAUGUCCCUUUCCGAAAUCCCAUUCCCAUACGGCCCAUUUGUGCCUCAUCAUGUGCCAAAACAAUACAUUGAAAAUUAUAUUACACAAUUCAAACUAGAUAAGUAUUUGGAGCUCAAUACGACUGUUGAGGAUGUCUCUCGUCUCCCGUCAAAAAGCGGAACGAAGGGCCAUAAUCGAUGGAGUUUGACUCUGAGAAGAUAUGAUGCUGUAGAGCAUCUGGAUCAUUGGUGGAAAGAGGAGUUUGAUGCGGUUGUGUUUGCGAAUGGACAUUAUAGCGUUCCAUAUAUCCCCACCGUCAAAGGUCUAGAAACUUAUAUCAAGAUCUUCCCCAAUCGAGUAGUUCACUCCAAAUCCUACCGAUCAGCAGAGCACUAUCGCAAUAAGAAGGUCCUUGUAAUCGGAAACUCAGCCUCAGGGCACGACGUAACUGUCGGCAUCGUCAAAACCGCUCGAUUACCAGUCUAUCAAUCGCGACGCUCUGCAUCGCAUUGGGAUGGAAAUGAGCCUCCGCCCGGUAUAGAAUGGAAACCUAUCGUCAAAGAAUAUGUCCCUACGGGAGAGAUCAUCUUUGAGGAUGGAAGUGUUCUCCGUGACCUCGAUCUAGUGGUUUACUGUACGGGAUAUAAAGCCUCGUUCCCAUUCUGGAAUACCAAAGUCAACGGCACAGAGAUCUACGACUAUAAACAUGAAUACGUAGUGGGGAAUUAUCAACACGUCUUCCUGACGGACUUUCCUACUAUAGGUAUAAUCGGUAUUCCGCGAACGCUCACAUUCCGAAGCUUCAAUUACCAAGCCAUAGCACUCGCACGAGUCUUCACAGGCCGAAAUGAGCGUCCCUUACCAUCUCUCGAUAAACAACGAGAAUGGCAUGCCCGACGAUGGGAACUUGUUACUAGGCAACAUCGUAAGUUUCACGAUGUACCCUGGGAUGAUGGAGAGGCUUUGAACUAUUUUCGUGAGUUAUAUGACCUUGCUGGCUUGCCGAGGAUUGAAGGGUUGGGUCAGGUUCCGCCAGUAUUGGAUAGUGAUACGAGAUGGGCGAUUGAGAAUAUUAGGAAGUAUCCUGUUCCUGGAGAUGGUCGGUUAAAGAAGGAGAGUGGUGGUGGUGGUGAUGACGAGGAGUGGACUGUUGUUGGAAGAGGGCAGUGGCGAGAUAGUCUUCAUUUUAUAUAG